AUGGCGACCAACGGUAGUGCUGGCCGAGCAUACGGCAGCCUGGUUGAUGCGUCUGGCUAUAAAUUCAGCGAUAAAGAUACCAAACCCGGCAAGAUGAAAGUCAGGAAAACGGCCAAAGCCUCGACCAAGAAGAAAGCUGAUGAUACUAAAGACGGUCCGGCCGACUCUUCACCUACCUCCUCACCACUCCCCAAAUUGGACGGCAAGGUCGCCGCCUCGUUUCCAACGGGUAAACCUCGAGAGGAGGAUCUUCUCGAAACGGUCAUCUGCAAGCACUGCAAGCGUCCGAUCUUGAAAUCUACCGCGACAGAGCAUAUCCGAGGCUGUCUGAAAGCCAAGCAAGAAAAGGCCCGCCGAAAGAAAGAGGCCCGCGACGCCGCCAACCGCGCCAAAAACGGGGAGGACGACGAUCUUCGAGACAGACUUGAUGGCGAUGAUUCGCUCACGGGCCAGAAAGGUGCGAAGAAGAGCGCCGCAAAGGGCAUGAUGGAUGACACGAAGAAGGGCAAGAAGCGCAAAGCCGAUGAGGAUGACAAGGAACCCAAGAAGAAGAAGAAAAAGGACGAGCCCAAGGCGAAGACCGCCAAGCCUAAGGGUCCCGUGGAUGUCGAGAAGCAGUGUGGUGUGACACUUCCGAAUGGGGCUCAAUGUGCACGCUCCUUGACUUGUAAGAGUCAUUCUAUGGGUGCUAAGCGAGCUGUGCCUGGGCGAUCGCUGCCAUAUGAUAUGUUGUUGCAGCAGUAUCAGAAAAAGAACCAGGCCAAGCAGCAAAGAGCCGCGAUCGAUGCAAACGCCCCUCUACCAGACGAUGUCGAAACCAAUGGACCGGUGGACUCGGACGAAGAACGCGAUCUGGUCAUGGCGUCUAUUGCCCGUUCUGCACCCAAGCCACUCGUCGAACAUACGCUUAUCCGCACAAAAUCAAAAUAUCGAAUCGUCCGUAUCAAGGAGCAGAUGCUUCAUGCGAUGGGCGGUCGAAGCGGCAAUGGACUCUUUUCGACUGGCGAAAGCCAACCACUUUUUGGCGGAAACCUCUUCCAACCCAUGAACUUGGAUGUGGACAAGACCACAUCGCCCGUUUUGCCAGUUAGUGAAUCGGGCGAGGCUGUUGCUAACGCAGACGGGUCUAGGACCACGCCUGUACCGAGUUCUCGCAAGACUCCCGUGGCAGCGGCCUCAUGA